AUGCGCCUUUCGACCGACCACCUCUUCCUCCUCCUCCUCGUCCUUACCCCCGUCGCAGCCAUCGGACCGACAUGCUUUAAAGUCGUCGCAGCCCUAGUCGGUCGACCAGGCCAUCUCUUCAAAAAAUUCCAGACUGAAAUCUGUGAACGUGGAUGUCAGCCAACCAUCCCCCACUGGGACCUGUGGACUCGGAACAACUCGUUUGUGCCCGCCGUGCGCAGCCUCAUGAAGCGCAUGGAUGUUCCUCACCAAGAAGAUGCGCUGUUGAAGAUGGGCGACGACGUCGCGACCAUCAUCAAAGAACGCUGCGCUCCACUGCUACAUGGGCGACACAUUUGCUCAGACCCGGAGACGCUGGCCGAGUUUGGUAACUGCUUGAAGGCCAAUUUUGUGAAAGCCUCGAUUAAAAACCUCCCCGUCCUUCUUCCAAUGGCGUCUGAGGCCGGAUGUAAGGAGCAAUAUCAGUUCCUUCAGGGUGAUGAGCUAUGGGAGGUGACGAUUCCGAAUAACAUGAGGGAAUAUGCGAGCGUGUGUGAUACAUUGGCACCUCCAAACCACGAGGAACUGUGA